GAGGAGCCCGCCAACGACCAGCAGUAUGUAUACUAAUGCAUACCUACUAUUUCAUAUACUAAUGUUGCCUUAGCGCGAUUGAAGAAGCAUAGAGUGCCUUUGAGGCGCUUAAUCCUGAGCCAGUUUACAUCCCUGCAGGUAAUAUGCCGCUAGAGGCCUCCCAGAACAUCGAGUUUCCACGCGUCGUUUGCAAGACCAGAAUCGAAGAGGUCAUUGACCUGAAACCCCCGGAUGGCUCCGAAGUGCGCCUAUCACUCAUGUGGGAGGGACCUGGCCUGCUUGUGUACUUCGAUCACCAGUCCUACCAGUCCCCGCGUUUUCAAGUUACCAUUACCCCUUGGCAAGCUCUGGGGACACUCUAGGCGACUACUCUUGAGAAGCUAGGCCGUCGGUCUAAAGUCUGCUUCGGCUCGGGCACGUUCAGAAAAGUCGGUAAACACCAGAAGCUCAGUCACUUCGACAGAGGCGAGAACACGCCCAAUUAUAUCUAGGGUGUUUAUGGAUGAUGGGAACGAGGAAAACCACAAAUGUCUUACAUCCUGGACAAAUUCUUCUGAUCACUUGAAAGAGAUCUUCGCGCCAUCAUCGUCGCUAUGGAAGCGACCCCGACCUUUUACAUAUAGACGAUCAACAUCGAGAGCAAGGCAGCCAAAGACCCUAAGCAAGGCUGCAAAUCAUGGAAGAAGUUGUCCGAGGGUUCUCGCCGUGCGCGCCUCAAACUCGCUCAGGCCCAGGCACCAACUCCUGAGGCACGCCUACUCGAAGCUCAAGGGAAACCGCACCGCCGAGGUGAACAUCUCGGUUGCAGAUGUGGACGAGGACGUGCCGGACGACGAAAAGGAGCAAGUCGAUGAAGGUCUCACAUACGGCAGUUGUUUCAAGCACCUCUUUGCCGAUGUUAACUGCGAUGAGGGUAAUAAAGUCGACAACCCGAGUUCUCGACUCCAUCAGGCCCUUUUGAAGCCCUUUGCCCCAAUCGUAUGGAUUCAAUCGGCCACUCCGGCGUUGUAUUCUUGGGACGGAAGGCAUGUCACUCCCUGCACGGGUUUGCUGCUGGCGGUGCGUGGUACGCGACUUUUUGGCAGGCACGCGAAUGCAGAAGAACUGGGAGUCGGUCAUUGAGACCAUGAUUGCAAAGGCCUGGGUGGGUCAAGCGGCCGUCAAGGCGUAUGAAGAAGUCCGGUUUCCGUUUCAGUGACUGAGCUAGAGAGGUGCUGUGUUCCUAGUGGCCGUGGUUAGUAGGCACUUCAGAAAGAGAUGGACGAUAGUAUGGCGCAUAAAGGACUAUGCUGUGGCUCCUGUGAUCCUAUCUGCCCAUGGUACCUUGACACCUUGGAGUAAUAAGCCCUGGGAGGGUGCACGUAAGGAUGGAUGGUUGAAGGGAUCUAUCUCACUGCAGCCUUGCCAAGAGGAGAUAUUCAGCCUUGUUCGGCACGACAUGAUCCGGGUUGACCAUUCAUGAUCCACCGGCCACUUGCCGCCACUGGUUGGGUGCAGAUCUGAACU